AUGGUACCGCUACAUGAGGAGGAGGAGGAAAAUCCUUUAGAGAAGUUACCUUUCAGACAGAAAUAUAAUGAAUUUGACGAUAUGAACAAUGGCUGUGGGGACCACGGAGAAAAGGGAAAUAAGGAAAAAAUAAAAGGAAAUAUAGAAGGAACAUUAGAAGUGUACGGGAUUACUGGGGAUGAAUAUGCGGAUUACUUCGCAGAUGCUUGGUGUUAUGCGUGCAACACGGAAGAGAAGGACAAAUCAUCUUACUAUAACUUUUGUCAUUUCUUAUGGUAUUGGAUAGGUAAAAAAGUGAAGGAAAAAUUAACUAAGGGUCGCACACUUCAGGAAGUCAUGACUCCAAUUUACACGAAAUUGCAGCAGUCCGGGUCACCAUGUAAUAAUAACUGCAGUAACAUAUAUCUCUAUAUGAGUGAAACCAUUUUCAACCAACGGAAAGAAGUAUUUGAUUAUUCCUACAAUUAUAGUACUUUACAGAGUAGCAGUGAAAGGAAGAAUGCAUUCUUAUGUAGUAAAGACUGUACCGAGUAUGUACAGAAAGUUAAAUCAGCAUAUGAAAAGGUAACUACAACUUGUGCGGAUGCCGAAGGUGAUCCAUGGUGUGAAGAAUUUACUCAAGAAUAUAAGAACUACUUUGAUCAAAAGGGAAACCCGAAGUUGCAAUGCACUUCUACGUGCACUCCAGCACCUGCAGUAGGGGUUGCUCCAGGGGUAGGGGUUGCUCCAGGGGUAGGGGUUGCUCCAGGGGUAGGGGUGGCACCUGGAGUAGGUGUUGCUCCAGGGGUUGGUGUUGCACCAGGAGUAGGUGUUGCACCAGGAGUAGGUGUUGCACCUGGAGUAGGUGUUGCACCUGGAGUAGGGGUUGCUCCAGGAGUGGGUAUUGCUCCUGGGGUAGGUUCUGGUGGUGGUGCCGUUAUUCCUGCGUCUGUGUCAGGUGCAUUAGCUGCAGUAGGAUUAUCCACACUUGCUUUUCUUUUUUAUAAGUAUAAAUCACACCUCUUCUUCCUUAAGGGAAAUAACUCCUCUUCUGGAGGAAGCAGAAGGAAAAGGUCCAUUAGGAGAGAAUUGAACUCACCUUUUUCAGGCGAAGACGACGACGACACAUUAACAACAAUAAAUUCGUCCGAAUAUUCAAUUCCAUAUACCUCAUCAUCAUCAUCUAGAAGGUGA